UCCAACCCUCUUCAUUCUCAACCAUAUAGUAACUAACCACAACCCUUCUCUCAAAUCCAUUUCUUCCAUUUUUAUUUUUAUUUUUCUUAUUUUUAUACUUUUCAAUUGAUAUUCAAUUCCCCCAAUUAGGGUUUAUAUCUGCAAAUCUUUUUUUCAAUUUCAUGGCGUCGAGUUUUGACCGAUGGGAAAAAGAUCCAUUCUUUAACGCUGCUGAAGAAGUUCAGGAAUCUGCAGAUAGGAUGGAAUCUACAUUUAGGACAUGGAUUCAUGCCACCAAAGAUAAUUCAAGCAUGUGGAACCCUAAUGAACUCAGAAGAGAUUUACUUACUACUCUUGGCACUGCUAAAUGGCAGUUAGAGGAAUUUCAACGCGAAAUAAAGUUAAGUUAUAGUAGAAACUCUGGUAAUGACGCAAGAACUAGGCACCGAGAUUUUAUCACUGCUAUGGAGGAUAAGAUAAAGAAAGUCGAGCUUUCGUUAAAUGAAGCGUUCCCUUCGGGUGGCAAGGCGUCUCGGCCGUGGGUGUGUUUGGACGAAGGAGAAAAAGACGAGCUUGCUAUGUUUCUUUCCGGAAUGCCAGCUGCUGGAACUAACAAUCAACGAUUAUGUGAUAAAGAUUCUGUUGUUAAUUUGUCGAAGGAUUUUCCUGUUUCAACUGGGCGUGGCGAAGCUAAGGAGGAUGUGUCACACGGGUUUCGUAGGGUAGCUAGUGCUAGUGCUGAUAUUGGUUAUUGGAAAAUUUCAGUUAACGAUGAUCCGCAGCAGUUGAGUUCCUCCAGUGGUUCUUCUGGUGGUCCAAUGCAUAAGGUGCCAAGUUUAUCGGGGUUUUUUAGUUCGGUUGAAACAAUCUCGAAAUUGAAGUGGCCGAGGAAUGGUUAUAGAAAACUGAAAACAGUGGAUCAUCAUAAAGAAACUGAUAGUGCACUAAUUCCAAUGGCUGAAUUGAAUAGGGGAAGCAAUACCUGCCUUGAAAAAACUAAAAGUAGCCUCGAUAGUUCGGAUGAAUGUUACAACAAGCAACUCUAUGGAUGGUGUGGUGCUAUUCAGAGACAGCUUCAAAGGUCUCAAUAUCAAAUGCAAUACAGUCGGCUCGCACGAAUAACUGUUUCCAUUGUUAUUCUCCUCUGCUUGAUUGUUUUAAUUGCAUUCCACAAGAUGUAGAAGGAACUAGACGUAAGAUUUAUGAUAGCUGGCGGAAGCAUUAUGAUCGGACAGGUUUUAGAGUAUGUUUGGUUAUAUGAUGUGAUUGUAUUUAUCGCGUCUCAUCCUUCGCAGAAUGUGAAUUAUCCAAAGCUCCAAAUAGUAGAACUGAGUCAGCACACAGUGAUAGGCAGCAGAAACAAACAAGCACUUUUAUUCAAGUUUCUAAAACCUAGGUUAGUUUUCAAUUUCUUAACCGAUGUGACAACUAUUUUAAAGUUUAGCUCAACAUUUCCUUUUUUGCUAGUCAAUUUCAUUUUUCCCCUGCCCAUUUUAAAUUUUCCAUGAAGAGCUAUCUGUUGUACUAGCUUUGGAAAAGGGGGAUUGGCUUUUGAAAUGUUGUAAACUUGUAUAUAUCAUCAUACAUGGCUUUUGCAGCUAGAUUUGUGUA